AAGAGAGCUGCGUCCGCUCCACAUCUUGAUUUGAUUUCUGCACGCUCCCCUGCUCGCAGUACGCCGGUGGCUCCGGACAUCGGUCCUCUCGCUCAGGGCCCGGGGGCAUGGGGACUGGGGGAAACGACGCCCUAUCGGCCUCGCUCUUGGCAGGGCUCCAGCCUGUAGAUUUACAUGGGCGAAUCCCCCACGGGCCGCUGGAUGAAUAAAAGAACAUGAAGUCGCGCUGCUGUCAGUCAGCCGAUGACAUCAGGACCGACGCUUGACAAAAAUAACAUUAAAACUCGGAGGAGGAUUUCGAUCGGAGUAUUUACUGGAAUGAGAAUGGACUUCACUACCCCUCAGCCCACAGGGGAUCAAACUGUCACCAUGGCAAUGGUGCUCUGGGGCAACCUCUCUGGAAAUGGAGAAAACGGGUCAUUGGAGGAUGGUGCAGCCAAUCAAACUUGUCCCCACUUUCCACCCUACGAGCACCAGAACAAGCUUGUUCCUGCCAUCUACAGCAUCAUCUUCAUCCUGGGCUUCGUAGGCAAUGGAUUGGUGGUGUACGUUCUGUGCCAGAAGGCAAGCCGUAGGACUGUGGCCAACACCUACAUGCUGAGCUUGGCCCUGUCCGACCUCAUCUUCCUCCUCUGCCUCCCCUUCUGGGCUGUCUUCUACUCCUUUGACUACUACUGGGUAUUUGGCUGGUUCAUGUGCAAGGUGUGUGGAGGCCUCCUCUCUCUCAACCUGUACGCCAGCAUCUUUUUCAUCACCUGUAUGAGCGUGGACCGCUACCUGGCCAUCGUCUGCCCCUUCAAGUCCCUGGGCAAGAGGAGCCUUUGCCGGGCACGGGUAAUCAGCUGCGCGGUGUGGAUGGCAGCCUGGAUUCCCACGCUGCCCACCGUGGUGUUCCGGGACACCGUGUAUCUGGAGCACAUUGACAAGAUGGUGUGUGCCAUCCUGUACCCGACACCCUCCUGGGACAUAGGACUGAGCCUGAUGAAGAACAUUCUAGGCUUCCUCUUACCCUUCUCCAUCAUCGCUAGCUGCUACUGCAGCAUUGGCAGGCACCUCCUCACCUCCCCAGAGAUGGAUAAGAACACCAACAACCUGGACCGGGUCCUGAAGGUGGUGGUGGCUGUGGUCCUGGCCUUCUUCGUCUGUUGGUUCCCCUUCCACGUCCUCACCUUCCUGGACAUCCUGGCCAGGCUCGGGGCUACCGUGCCCUGCUGGGUGCUGGGGCCCAUCGAGGCGGCUCUGCCGUACACGCUGUGCUUGGGCUUCUCCAACAGCGCCAUCAACCCCUUCCUCUACUGCUUCGUGGGCAACCACUUCCGCGAGCAACUGGUCAACCUGUGCGCGGCCCGGACAUCCAGACUACUGCAGACGAGGGACUCCAUCAGCACACGCCUCAGCUCUUUCUCCAGGAAACUUAGUGACCUGAAGGACCUGGAGCCUAUGGAGCCCUUGGGACAGCACAGUGCCCCCUAGUGGAGGGGCUGUCAUUAGCAGUAAUGGAACGUUUCCCCAUCAUAGACUUUGCAGAGUUCUCACAUCGGAUUAUUUUCAGAGGCUGCGGGUUCUGACUUAUAAAAUCAGGGUUCUUAGAGCUAGUUAUUUGAAUUGGUGCCAUCGAUGGAAUCAAAUCAGUCUUUGAGAGAGGGAUGGAGGGAGAGGGGACAGAGUGUGUGUGUGGGUGAGAGAGAGAGAGUGAGAGAGAAAGAGAUAUUUCCCUUUUUUGCCUUCUGGAUCAUACAUUGUCAUGGGUAUUUUCAGCUUCCAUAGAAAACAGCUUCACCUUUCUGAAAAAGUAAUAUUCUUGUCAUUUUUAUAUAAUUUUUAUGAACAUAAAUAUUUUAUAGCUAUAUACAUAAUAUAAAAUAUGAUUUUAUUUACAGUGCACUUUUAAAAACAGAUAUGAUUAAAGGACAGGCACCAUAAAACAUAUAUUUUUCUACUUGUAACUCCUGUGUGACUGAUAAAUUCUUGUCUUGUUUUCUUUAUUACAACACACUUCACUGCU